AUGUUACUACAACAACGUUGGAUUGUUAUAACAUCUCUAUUAUUAAUUUUAAUAACUAUUCAAUGGAAUAAAGAUGAUCAAUUAUGUGGAUAUGCUGCUGCUGCUGCCGCUCAAUCACCAGCAAUUUCGGAUCAAAAACAUCAUAUUAUUGAAAUCCUCUCAAAAUCUAUUAAAGAUCGUCGAGUAUUAGAAAGUAGAGCUCGUGCUUUUGACAUUGUAUAUAUGUCUAGCGCAUCAAUGACAAGCAUUGGCCUUGGCAUUGGAUUCCUUCUUCAAACACCUAUAUAUAAUACUGUUAUCAAUCUUAAUACUGCUUUUAAUAAACAAUCUUAUUUUUCCAUUUAUGCACCUCAUCUUCUUUUAAUAAUCGGUAGUGGUAUUGUAGCUCUUCCAAUUAUUUUGGGUGUAUUUGGUAUAUUACGACGUCGUUGGCGUUUCUUAAUGAUUGCUCUUGCGUUACUUUCACUUUAUAUGGCUUUGUUGUCAGGUGCUUGUGCAUCAGGUUUUGCUUAUUUUGAUCAACUUAAAGUAAAUCUUCAAAAUGACUACACUACUUAUCCAACAAAUCCUGUUUGGGACUCCGUUCGUUCAACAUACGGAUGCGUAACUAAUUGUGUUCCAACAUUAGACGAGGCUAUGCAUGCGAGUAAACAACGUAUUGGAAUUAUUUCAGCUGUUUUUUUAUUAGUACCAUUAUUAACAAGUAUUACGAUUAUAUUUCAUAUGCGUCGAGAUAUUCUUUAUUUUAAAUGA